GGAAUAGCGAGUCUGAGGGCAGAUGCGAGGUAGGCAGCUGAGCCUGCAUCACAAGCAGGCGUCAGAGGGAACAAGCAAGAACCCAUAAUGUUUGGAAAAAGACGCGAGCCUGUCAGCUGGCUGGGCAAGGUCUGCUAGGCUGCAUAAAAGGGAAACGCUAAAACAGAGGAUCCUACACAGCGCGUGCGAGGCAAACAAACUGAUCGCCUUGGCUGCCGACAGCGUUGCAAAGUGGUCUCCAGAAAGUGAUCAAAGAGCCUGCCACAACUGUGCAAGUGCAAACGCCGAGAAAUGUUGCUCCUGGUACAUUGUGGCAAUGUCCAAGAACACCACUUCAGACGCCACGCAAGAUAGCAAUAUGCAAUCAGGCGGUAAGGGCAAGUACAAGAUGCGAGCGUGCGUGGCGUUUGAUCGAAGCGACGGUCCAGGGAUGACUUACCCAGGCCAUACCUCACACGGUGAUGAGCUGUGGCAAGGCAAGCGUACCUAUGAACACCUACUUGCAUUGACGCGGCCUGGACAGCCUAAGAGUUACAGCGCAGGCCAAUAGAAACAAACACACACACACACAGACAGACUGGUGAGCACACAUCGUCCGAACAUGACCAGCAGUGCCCUCCGCUUCAGCGGUGAGCGGACGGACGAUGCGCCUCUUGAACAGCAGCUCGGGAGCCCGUGCCGUGUUGCCGCACCCGCGGAGCACAAGGAGCACGUGCCACGCGGGAGGCUCAGCACGUGCCCGUCGCCCGCCGGCGCCGCAAUGCCGACGCGGGCGCGGGCGCACGGAGGAGGGACGAGCCGGGCCAGGAGGGGCGCGGGCGCACACGUCAGGGUCGCGUCGUGCCGGAGUCGGCGUUCGUCUCUUGACGCCGCGGGGAUCGCUCCAACAUGGGGCACUUCCGCUAGACCUCCCCUGUACUGCCAUGCAUACCUCGCCCACACUCGGGCAGCAAGGCAGAGGAACAGAGGAGGGCGCCAGAGGGGAGAGGAUAGGGGAAGACACCAGAGAGCAGACUUAUCAAGCAUCUGGGCCUCACCUGGAGGGAGAGAAAAAAGCAGACUUACCCAGCAUCGGGGCCUCACCAGUUGCUUACGGGAGGCCCCCGGGCUCGAGAGAACAGUUCACGCAGCAGGCGGCUGCGAGGGCAGAGGUGCGCCAGCCCCCGCCCCCCUGGCACGCGUCGGCGGGCGGCGGCGGCGGGCGGCUGCUCGCUCAGGUGGCCGCUCGCGAGAGCGAGCGUGGGGAAACCAAAAAGAUACAGGCAGAGGUGAUUGCACAGGACACGCGGCAGGACACCAGACUCUUCCGCCGGCAACGUCCGGCAACGUGGCCUCCAAAACCCCAGGGAACAAGGGUGCCCCUGCCCCGAGACUGCAGAGAGCACGGCGCAAUGCAGGGUCGACCUGCCACUCCGGGCCGGCUGUACUGAUACCGCUACUCUCAGGUCGGGCGUACUCCGCCCGCGCCGCUGCGUGGCGGCAGGCGGCUGGCGGCGCCCGUCUGCCCUCGGUCUAUAUACAGCCGCUGGGCGCCCAUGGCAGCCUGGGCCCGCCCGCCUCGGCGGAAAGCCUGCGCGGCGAGACCCACGAGGCGAGCGGGAAGACGACUGAGGUUGCGGCCCAGGACUCC